AUGCGCGCUGUCUCCUCCGUGCUGGCGUUGAGCUUGCUCCUUGAGCAAACCAUCGCCAGUCCCUGCAGUGCCCUUCCCAUCAUCGAUCUCGGCUAUGUUCGUCAGCAAGCUACGUCGUAUAAUGCCACUACUGACAUCUAUACCUUCUCCAACAUCCGGUACGGCCAGGAUACCACGGGCGAGCUGCGCUUCCGCGCGCCACGCGAGCCGUUGACGGACCGCGAGACAGUCCAAGACGGCUCGGGGUUCCGCGAAUGCCCGCAAGGCUUCCCCAACUGGCUUCUUGCAGCCGAGACGACCAUUGGUGUAUUUGGAUCGGGGAAGGUGCCGUUCAACAUCUCCUCCUGGGAGAAUGCCUUCAAUGAAACGGUUCCCCCUAUCAACUUCAAUACUCAGACCUCGGAAGAUUGCCUUUUUCUAGACGUCUACGUUCCAGGUAAAGUAUUUAAGGAGAAAACGUCUGCCAAGGCACCUGUUUUAGUCUAUAUUCAUGGUGGCGGCCUUGUUCUGGGCUCCAAGCUGGGCACCUCUGGCCAGUCAAUCCCCAGUGGUCUUCUUGCCGCGUCUCAGCAAGAAUAUGGCAGCGGUAUGAUCGUUGUGGCCUUAAACUACCGCCUCGGCGCCUUUGGGUUCCUGGCAGGCCCUGAAGUCGAGAAGGAAGGCGUCCUCAAUGUUGGACUUCUGGACCAGCGCCUUGCUCUAGAAUGGGUUCAGAAACACAUUGGCCAGUUUGGUGGAAACGCUGGGCACGUCACUGCAAUUGGCGAAUCUGGUGGCGCUGCGUCUAUCCUGCUACACAUGGCGGCCAACGGAGGCAAGGCCGGCAGCACCCCAUUCCACCAGGCCAUCCUCCAGUCUCCCGCUAUUGCGCCUAUCUUGGCCGAGCCCCCGUCGGCUUACCCCGACUUCAUGGCCAGCAUCAAUGCCACAAGCCUUGACGAGGCUCGCAAGGUGAACCAGUCAGUCCUUAUUAACGCCAAUGCCCAGCAAGUCGCCAACGCGGAUUUCAACACCUUUGUUUAUAAUGUCGUGCCCGAUGGCUCUUAUGUUCGUAACCCUCUCUCCGCCUACACCAAAUUUGACCCGAAUGUCAAGGUUUUGGUUGCCCACAAUUCUUUUGAAGGAGGCAUCUUCUUCGACCCUUCUGUUAAGACGGAGGCACAGUUCAGCGAAUGGCUCUCUAACUCCAUUGCUGGCUUACCCUCGUCAACGAAGGAGUAUCUCAUGAAGACUCUAUAUCCGCCCAUUUUUGACGGCUCCAGGGGAUACACUGACUAUGACACUCGACAAAUGGCGCUCUGGGGCGAGGGCUUUGUUGACUGCAACUUUCUGUUAGCAGGCAGCUUUAAUAAUAGCCACACCUACGCUUAUGAAUUCUCUGUCACCCCAGGUGCCCACACGCAAGAUCUUGGCUACACGUUUAAUGACCCCACGACCCCUCCUGCCUCGACAUCGGCGCAGCGGACGCUCCAAGAAGCUAUUGUUGGCUUCACCAUGACUGGUAUCCCGACGUAUAGUGUGAGUGGGGAGAAACGUCCUUUCCCCUUCUUUGGAAAGGAUGGUGCUCUGGUAGACAUCUCGGCAUCGGCACCCACACUUUCCUCAUCUCAAGUCAAUGAGACGAGGUGCCACUGGUGGCAGACUCAGCGGUUUGUCUGA